AUGGGAUUCUUAGAACAGGCUGACCACCCCAUCGCGUUGGUAUACAACGAGCUGCACCCGCAGUGGAUCAAGAGCGUCGAAUCCUUCCUUCGCCGGCACGGCCUCAGGUCCCUCGCCCUCACCUUCACGGGCAAGGACCAGCUCAGAUACCUUGACUCGCCACUCAAGGAGCACCUCAGGUACCUUGAUCCGCCACUCUGCCGGCCCUUUACCUCCCUCACCUCCCUCAGUCUCAAGCUGCGCGGCACUGUCGCCGACAAAUCCGACAACUAUGACUACCGUUACAAAAAACAUAAGGAAAUUGAGUGGGAAGAGGAGCGGGAGAAGGAAUCCUGGACCAUCACCUUGGACUGCCCGGCUCUGCAGCGGCUGAAGCUAGGCCGGGGCAAGUGGGGACUCGAGGAAGGCUGGGCUGAGCAGUUCAAGUCGCUGCGCAGUCUGACUCUCAAGCACAUGGAUUGGAGCUACGUGGAUCUUGAUUAUCUCGCCACGCUCACGCCGCAACUCUCGGAGUUCGUUCUCUAUCAUAGCUGGGAUUUUAACCGCCCAUCAUCAGGCCCCGGUGGCGACGAAACAUUCACUUUCGACUUAUCAAAAGCCCAAACCGUCCGCUUUUACUUCCCCCACAGCACCCUCACUCUCUCCCUCGCACGCUCUUCUUCGCUCACAACCUUCACGGCGAUGGGGAAACAACUCUUGCUCUCGUGCAAGAGCACAGAACCCCUCACUCUCCAGCACCUCUUGCUGUACGGCCAGCAGCGGCUUGUCAUCUCCUCCCUCCGCCUCGCUUCCGUACGAGUUGCCUACCUCAACGGCCCUCCCAAAGACGUGCACCCACGCGAUGACAAAUUCUCUUCCUACCUGGACUUUCCUGAAUUGUCCCUUCAGUUUUUACCUGAACUUUCGCCUGACAGGGAGAGCGUGCACAACUCUACUGCAUUUUCCUGGGCUGAAUGGCUGCGCAGUAUAGCGCCAACAGUGGAGGUGCUUAUAAUGAGGCAUGGGGUGCCUGUAGAGGGGGUUGAUGCGGAGUGGAGCAACCUGCGCAGCCUUGGGAUUGUCGUGGAGAGAGAGGAGCUGUUUGAGGUGGAUUUGAAGGUUGAGAAGCCAAUCUUCUUCCCCACCAGCACAUGCGAGGAGCGAACCCUUUCUUCCCUCCGCGAAUUUUGUCCCUCUCUCGCCCCGUACUGCAUCUCACAUCGCUCGUUCUACUGGGAGAAGCAGGGGAGGGAGUUGCCUGAGACCCCUGUGGUGCAUGUGAGGGACGCGAAAAGUGGGGUGCCAUGCGCUUGCUUUGCAGAGAAGCGGCCGAAGAACGUGAGGGAGAAGAUGCACUGUGUGAAUGGAGAGCUGGUGGAUGGUGGCAGCAGCGGUGGUAGCAGGGCGUUUUACGCGCCGGUGGUGACGCCGUUUGAGGCGCUGAUGGCGCUGGAAGAAGGGGAGUGGACGGGGGAGUAUCGGAUGCUGCUGGAUGGUGCUGGGGUGGGGGGGAAGGAAGAGGAGGCGCGGUCAGGAUCUGAGUUCCUGGCGCUUCGGUGUGACUAUAAGGGGCUGGAGGUGCUGUGGUUCAUGGAACCUGGUGGGGCGCCUAGUGGGAUGGCUGGAAAAGUGCAAUCAGGGAGUGGAGUACCGAGUAGUCAGGGAAGCAGAAACGCGGAUGGGAGAGGGGGAGGGGAUGAGGGAGGAAGAGGGGAUGGGGGAGGGGUGGGUGCUUUCAUGCUGAAAGUGGCUCUGGCGAUUGAUGCGGUGAGAGUGGUGGAGGGGAAGGAGGGCCGUGCUGCAGGGUAUGAGGAUGAGCUGCUGCAGGGUUAG